AUGAGAACUAAAUUAGAAGUAUGUAUAGAUAGUCUGGAAUCGGCUAAGAAUGCUAUAAUCGGGGGUGCUGAUGAAUUAGAAGUAUGCAGUUCAUUAUUAGAAGGUGGUCUAACUCCUUCACCAGGACUUGUAAAGGAGAUUUUCAAAUUGAAACCGGUUAUUAAUGUGAUGAUAAGAUGCAGAGGUGGUUCAGAUUUCUGCUACAAUGAAGAUGAAAUGGCAACAAUGCUUUCAGAUAUUGAAUUUUACAAAAAUAUGGGAGUUAACAGAUUUGUCUUUGGUGCCUUAACGAAUACGAGACAAAUAGACAGAAUAAAUUGUGCUAGAGUUUUAGAAAGAGCACAUCCUAUACCAGUUACAUUUCAUAGAGCCUUUGAUAUUUGUACAAAUCCUAAAGAUGGUAUUAUUAACAUUAUUGAUUUAGGUUUUGAUAGAUUAUUAACAAGUGGACUUAAAACUUCGGCUGCUGAUGAUAAUGCAUUGGAAUUCCUUAAAAACUUAAAAAAAUAUCACGGUAAUGAUAUUGUUAUAAUGCCUGGUGCUGGCAUUACUCCUCAAAAUGUUCAUCUUUUUGUCAGUGCAGGAUUUCAAAUAAUUCACAGUUCAUGUAAAAAAGUAAAGACUAUUUCCCAUGGUGAUGAUUUACCCAUGGGUCCAAAUGAAAUAUAUCUAACUGAUAAAAAUAUAGUCGAGGAAAUGAUGGCGUUAUUGGAA